AUGGAGACCAGAGAUAGAUUCAAUUUCCAUAUUACGGAUCGAAAGCGCAAAUAUCGCGAGAUAGCACCGCAGGAGUCAUUCGUGGAUGACCUGCUGAACUUCGACCCCACGUGGUUCUCCUAUUAA